AUGCACCGAGUCGUCUCCAACCAGCGCUCGGUCUCCUCCUCCUCGGGCUCCUUUCAGGCUCCCCCGCCGCCUCCCCCCGCCGCGGACCUGCAGCCCCUUUUCCUGGGCGGCGGCAUCAGCAGCACCAGCAGCUCGAGCGGCGGCACCCGGAGGGGCAGGCGAGGCUCCGUGUCCAGCUCGGCCUCCACCCGCACUCGCAGCAGGAGCAGCAGCAGCAGCGGGGGCCGCAGCAGUGAGGACGACGAGGAGGAAGAGGGCGAGGAGGAGGAGGAAGCCAAGCCCCUCGUGCCGGUUCAGGAGCCCGCCUCGCCGCCCGCCCCGCCCGCCGCCUGCGCCUCCCCGGGGUCCAGCAGCACCUCCACGUCGGGCUGCAGCAUGACAGCCGCCGAGCUGUACGGGGCUCCGGCCGCCGGGCCCGGGGCGGCGGCGGCGGCGAGCGCGGCCGCGGGGCUGCUGUGGGCGGGGGGCUCGGGCGGGUCUCGCUGGGGCUACAAGGCGCUGUCCCUGGUGCUGCUGCUGGGCCAGGGCGCGCUGCUGGACCUCUACCUGAUCGCCGUCACCGACCUGUACUGGUGCAGCUGGAUCGCCACCGACCUGGUGCUGGCCGCCGGCUGGAGCAUCUUCUUCUGCCGCAACAGCCGCGCUCGUCGCCGGGAGCGCCCGUCCGGCGUCGGAGGGGGACACCCGCCGCCGCCGCCGCCGCCCUUGCACCCGCUGCUGGGCCACCCGCCCCACGGCGGCCGAGGCGCCUGCGCUGCGUCGGGCGGGAAGGCAGGGGGCGCUCCGCGGGGCGGGGACUUCGCCUACGCCCACUUGGCCUGGCUGAUCUACGCCAUCGCCUUCACGCCCAAGGCGGCGCUCAUCCUGGGCACGUCCAUCCUGGAGCUGGUGGAGCUGCGCCUGCCGCUGGGCGCCACGGGCUUCCGGAUCACGCUGGCGCUCUCGGCCCCGCUCCUCUAUUGCCUCCUGCGGGCCAUCGGCGCCGAGGGCGGCUCCGGCUCCGGCCAGCUCCUCCUGCCGCCCCAGCCGCCGCCGCAGCACCGCGCCGCCGCCGCUUUCCUGGCCACGUGCUUGGACCUGCUGGACAGCUUCACUCUCCUAGAGCUGCUGCUCCUGCAGCCCGGCCGGCCGGCCUUGCCGCUGCCGCCGCCGCUCCGCUACGUGCUCAUCGCCGUCUACUUCCUGUGCCUGGCCUCGCCGGUGCUGUGGCUGUACGAGCUGAGCGCCCCGCGGGCCCCCGGCGCCGCCCGCCUGGCCUUGCACUGGCUGCUGCCCGCCGGGCUCCUGGACGCGCCCCUGCUGGCGCUGCGCUGCCUCCUGCUGGUGCGCUACCAGCAGCCCCUCUCCAUCUUCAUGCUCAAGAACCUCUUCUUCCUGGCCUGCCGGGGCCUGGAGGCCCUGGAGACCUGCUGCCUCCUGCACUCCGCCGGCGGGCUGGCGGGCAACGGCAAGAAUGCGCCAGCCCCCUCCGCCGGGGUCGGGGCCGGCCAGCUCAGCCACUGCAUCUCCGAGAACGACAUGGGGCCCCACGGCUAUGUCAACACACUGGCCGUCACCGCGCAGAGCUGAGGGGGUCCACGCCCAUGCCAGUGCCCCUCUGCAGUUACCCCACCUCGUAUUCCAUGCCAGUUCAGCUUAGGUACCCACCCCGCUGUAGUUACUUUCCCUUUUACAUGUCUCCGAUUUUCAGAUUGGCCCAGUCGCCCAAACCCAGGCCCCUUAGGAGACAGCAUUUGUGCAUCUGACCCAGCUCCCUACCUCAGGGCACUGUAACUUUCUGAGCAGUUGUCCUGAAUAACCUACCUAGUCUGACCCUUCCCUGGAAAGUUCAUUGUCCAUGGCAAACCUAGGGAUUUUGACCUGUGCCUGUUUUAGUUCCCCUUGUCCACUUUUAUCUCUGCCAAUCUCAACCAGAUUAAGGCCCAUUUAAUUAGCCAAUGAUCUGGUCUCUCCUGGGAACUCAGUGGAGUACAGUAAUGCUGAUUUUUUGAGUGAAGCAGGGGCCAUUGGUUUAAACCAGCUGCACCCAUGAAAGUAUUGCCCUGGCAUGGUUCAAAGUUGUCUAAAAUAUGUAGUCCACUGCAUCACCCUAGUGGCUGUGUGGUGAGGUGGUGCCCAUAUAGUUUGGAGUCUUGGCAGUAGCUACACCUCAAUGGUAAUGUGAAGCAGCCUAAUUUUCCCAUCCUAAUUAGUCAGGCUGUCUUCUGUGGCAAUAUCUGAGCUGCUCUUGCCUUAAAUCACUUCCCUUCAUGUACUACUUUAAUCAUGAAAACUUUUAAUAUUGUUAGAUAUUCUGUCAUUACAGAGCAGCUAGACACACAUAAGUACACAACAUAAUGAAUGCUGCAGCACUAGUCAAACCACCUAUUGGGCCAAAAUGAUGGCAGCAUCAUUUUUUAAUCCUUUUCCCCAAGUUCUUACAAACUAUUCCAAAUCCUUUUCUUCCACCCCAUCCCCAUAACCCCCAAAUCAUUCCUAUUUAUUCUGUAGGUUCCUUCUAAUGACAACUUAAUGUGCUGUGGCUACAGACCCCUCACCUCUUUUGCUUCUAUUUAUAGAAAUCAAGAUGGAAGAGGCUUGUUGUUUAACUGCCUAACUGCACAUUCCAGAUUAUAUAUUUCAUGUCAGGUUCAGUUUCUCAGUCAUGAUCAAGUUUUUGGUUUUUUGCUCUCUGACCUGUGGGUUUUUUCUCUUUUCUGAGGUGCCUCCUACCACCACUGCCUAUAGGAGAGCAGAGAGAGGACAGCGCCCACUUGGAAUGCCUGGAAAAACAUAUUGUAAGCUGUCCAGGUUCUUCAUAUCCUAUGUUGGGCUCCUCCUCCAUGCAGUGGAGAGCCACCCAGCCAUAAUGCCAAUGCUGAACAAAGAGAAAGGAGCGCUAUUGCUGGUGCUAAGUUAGGCUUAGUUCUGCUCACAGGCUCUACCACUUCAAACUGCAGGUGGGAACUCACAUGAUCAGAUGCCUACUCAUUCAAAAUUUCCUUCAUGUGGCAAGCUAGAGGUAAACAUCAAGGGUUCUAGUCUACCUUCUUGACACAUCCAAUUUUAUGUAUACCGCAAAUACAUAUGUAUAUAUGUGUAUGUAUGCUAGAACAUUUAGUAAUGUGCACUCCCACUUGCAGGCUGAGGUGGUACAGCCCAGAACAACUUUGGCCAUUCAAAAAUCUGUGCCUCUCUUUAGCACAGUUGCUCAGGGUGCUAUAGGCAUGCUAGCUGCUCUAGGGCACCAUUUUACUGAACAAAAGAUGAAAACCAUUUUAAGGACAAAUAAAUCAGCAGGAGCUGCCUUUCUCAGGAAAGGGCGCCUGUUUCAUCAGCAGGUUCCUUUUAAAAUAUGGUGUCUCAGUGCAUUCAGCCACACCUGCGCCUUUGUGGGGCAAAUCGUAUUUUCAGCAUGACCACAUGUUAUUUGUUUCAUUUUGCCCAUAGCACUCCUCUGCUGUGGGACAAUGCAAUUUGGCUUGUGUGAUACUUGACAGUUCCCAAUGGCUUUCAUUUAGGAAGACUGACAUAGACAAGUCUUCCACAUGUUAGGCCUUGGAAUACAUGACUAUUCCUGCCCUCAAGGAAAAAGAAGUAAUUUUAACCCUCUUGUACAUUGUACAAAAGUUCAUCACCACUCCCUCACUCUGGGGAUAAACUAAUUUCUGCCUUGGGGGUUUCUGGGAUUAGGGUGGUACCUGCAAUCUUUUAAGACGAAAGGAGCCAUCUUUCUCCUUGCUGAAAAUUUCUACCUCUGUGCUUGAACCUCAUUGCAUCAUGUGCCGACCUUGCACAUAAGGGAGUUAUGUCUGAUUCCCCCUCCCCCGAGGGGCGAAACUCUCUUCUUCAUUGAGACAUUUUACUCACCGGUGAUAACAGGGUCUUAUUAACAGCCUCUGCUUAUGGGGGCUCUCGUUUUCUAGCUCUUGGGAAUAGACCUGCACGAUUUUAAAAACUGGUGCUCUGUUUUGAGGACAGCUUUCACUUGCUUAAGUAGGGACUUAAAUAAAGUGAAAAGGAGGAGGGAACUAUCCCAUCCUCUUAUUUCUAGAUAUUUAUUGGUGCUGCUUGUUAUGCGCUAAAUAGUAAACUCGUUGACAUGGAAUGGAAACAGGCAGAAAGGGGUCACAUUAUCAAUGGUCGUGUUGCCUGGCUAUCUUGGAAAGAUCCCCAAUCCUUUCCUUACAUGCCUAUGCUUCUUCUUUGUAUGUGGGCCCAGAAUUUUUUUGUGUGGGGAGGGGGAAAGGACAUAUAAUUUGAAAGCAACCUGUCCUGGUGGACACCAGCUGCCUUUGGUCUUAAAAUCCCCAAGCUGCCUAGGUAGGAAAGAGAACAGAAUGCUAACAACCACUAUAUAAAACCUGUGGUAUGCGAUUGGGAGAUGUUUUUCUCCACUCAGUAACCACUCAUAUAGGCAGUCAAGUUACUGUGCUAUGGAGAAAUGAUACAAAAGCCAGAGGUGGUGAUAAAUAACCUGGUUCUCAUGCACUCUUAUAAUAAUACAUUUAUAUACCCAGCCUUUUCUCUCUAUGGUUGCUUAUAGAACUGGGAUUUUCAUUGGGUGGUUAACUCCAUAGGAAGCUGCCUUAUACAGAGUCAUAAAGUUAGUCCAUCUAACUCAGUACUGUCUACACUGACUGGCAGUGGCUCUCCAUGAUUCAGGCAGGAGUCUUUCACAGCCCUACCUGGAUACACCAGGAACUGAACGUGGGACUUUCUGCAUACAUAGAUGUUCUACCCGAGCUUCAGCCCUGGAGUUGCUUUGAGAUACCUGCUUACUGACCUCAGGCUAACCCAUUGCUGUUGCAGGAACGAGAACUAAGGUUUAACUUUUUCACCAGUGAUUUUAUCCUGUCCGGUCUCCAAAGCAGAUCUUCUGAAAGACUUUGUGUGGAAUUCUGGCCAGAGGCCUUCCCUUCAGUAACUCCUUUCUAUUUGUCUGGACAAUCUUGGUGCUGUGACUGUGAUUGUAAAACUUAAGUACUGUGGACUUUUCCCUCUGAGCUCUAAGAUACUUUUAGUGGGGAUGCUAGUUUCCUGACAGAAAGAACAGGCAUGCAUUCAAAUACUUCACUUCCUCACAGAGAGAAUCUGCUACAAAACAGGCUGCUGUGCAGUAAUCAAAUGCUAUAAGCCAUUACAGCUGUUAUUUGCAUUUAAAUAACACUGAAAUUUAAAAUUGCACAUUUAAGUAUAUUGUGUUUGCCAUAAAGUAGGUGGGCAAGAGCACCUACCAUUUGUAAAAACAGUUCAGUAACGGAACAGAUUUGUGUGGCACAAAUAUUGGUAAAAAUAAGGAAUCUUGGUGGUUUAGAGCAACAACAAGGUCUGACAGCUCUUGUAUGCCAUAAAAUCGAAACCAAUUCAGUUGUGAUUGUGUUGCAUUUACUGUACAUCAGUCCUAACCCAAUUUCAGUACUUUCAUCUCAAUCUGGGUAAGGAAUUAUAAACAUGGGAGAACAGGCUUCUGCACAGCAGCUCUAGUGCCAUGAGGAACUCUGCACACAAAUGGAAGUGGAAUGGUUACAAACCACACUACAUACAAGCUUAAGGAAGAAGUAUGCAAGUUCUGGCUCAGAAUCCCUCUAUUUAAAGAAGCUGUGAUAUUUAUUUUUUUAGGGCAAGCCCCUAACGUAUGAAGACAGUGUCCCAAGGAGAAGAAAAUUAAAAGAGACAGGCAGAAAACAAGGCAAGGAAACUGAGCAUCCCCACAAAUUUAGAGCUUUUUUAAAAAAUAAAACAAUUUGUUUUUAAAAUAAAACCUAGGAACUGAUUUCAUUGU